AUGGGGCAAAACUGCUGUUGCGGUCGAGUCAAGGAGGACUGGCCGGAGCCAGACAUCAGGUCGCCUCCGCCCACCUUUCGAAACGUGGCAGAGGUGACUCAAGCACCUGAAGGAGUGGCAGAGGUGGAAGCCAGUCUUGCUGAGGAAGAUCUGCCGAAAUCCCCCAAAAUGCUCACAUCUCCAGCUGCUACCCCCGAAAAGCCGCAGGAGCUCGAGCAAGCCAGCAAGGAAGCCGCGACAGUGGAUGGCAUUGGUCUGGGCUCACUUGCUUUAUUGAGCGAUGAAGGGCAAUCCGUGGUGGUAAAGGCCGUAUCUGGUGGAAAAGCACGACUGUGCAAGGAGUCGCAGCGACAAGUGUCGCAAUCCACCUCAUCCUCACAGCACUGCGUCAAUCCAACGGAUCAUGAUGGCCAUUCGUUAUCUGACGUGGAUUAG